AUGGCCGGCAGGAGCCAGAAUCAAUGCCGCCUCACCUCGCAGCUAGCUUGGACCGAUCACAGGGCCACAGGCGUCGCCCUGUCUUCGGCCCCAGAUCGGAGCCAGGGAGCCAGCACCAGCGCAGCAGAGGUUUCUGAUACAGGCGACAAGGCCGAGGGUGUUCUGCAGCUCGGCGCAAGUGGGGCUCGAAUACCACUGUACGGCAGGGAUGUUGAGACCAUACUGCAGGCUGUGAACCUAGACAGGCGACGCCUGGAUGGCUACUUGGAAGAAGUGGCAGAUGCAGAGGAUGACAUGCUGGAGAUCACCUAUGAUCAGCUGCCCAAAGGCUACAUGAACCGCGAGUUUGAUUGGAGCGGCCAGACCAACUAUGCUGGCAUGCAUCGCAAGGCAAGCAGACCCCAUGAGCAGAUUAUAAGUAACAUGCAUUGGUGCUUGCUUGUUGAAAAGGUGCAAGAGCAGCGCAUGCGAUGGCAUUCUUGCAGAAUAAGCGGCAGCACGGACAAAAUUGAGAUGACUCUGGAUGGGGAGCUGGUGUCUGUGCUGCCACUGUGGGUUGCUGUGUUCCAGGAGGAUGAUGGUGGCCUCGCAAGGCUGCACGAGAGCACCAUCCCCCUCAGCCCAGACCUGGUGAACGAGCUGGAGUCCAAGCUGCAGCCCUUUUGCGCCGUUGCUGGGCUGCGCUUCGAUGGAUGUGAUCAGCGCAGCGGGCCCUGGCGCAACUACUAUGUGGGCGUUAUAGGCGAUGUUGACUCGGAUGAGGACGAUGUGCUCUGGCCCAACCAGGCGAUUCACGGCAAUCGCACCAUUUACAACGUGCGUAACGGCUGGGACAUUGCACGCUUCCUGGCUGACGCUGUCAAGGAGGACGUGGAAGGCCAUCUGGGGAAUCUCAAGAGAUUGCAGGAAGAGCGGCAGUACAAAACGGGGUGGGCCUACCACAUGCUGCGCUCCCGCUGGGGAGAGCCUGCGCUGCGGAACUUUGACAUCCGCGUUGACACAUAA